UCACACAGAUUUGAUUUGCGAUGGAGAUUUUAGUCUUCCCAUUUUCCACCAAUUUGAUUCUCUCCCACAGCGAGAAGAAAGCAAAUAAAAAUGUGAACAAAAGCCCAGCGGGAAAGAGAUUGAAAAUGGGAUGAUUUUUCUUUUAGUUAACUUCAUAAUGAUUUUAGCGUGGAAAAACAGAGCAUAAAUUUUGAAUUUUGUGGUUCUGGGUUCAUUCAGGUUGAAGGUAUUUCCAUCAUUUUUUCAUGGGGUUCUCUUGAAGCCAUAGUUGUACUCAGUCGACAAAGACAGAGAGGAAUAGAGGCGGUGACAGAGAGAAAGAAGACGACAUAGUAAAAGAGUAUAGGGAAGGGUAGCGAUUAGGGAGACAGAAAAGUCAGGACAGUAUCCGAGAAAAUCCUUCACAAUCUUCAAGUUUUCAUUUCAUUUUGUUGAAUUAUAGCAAAAAUGGGGAGAAACAGAAAAACCCCAUGUGUUAUUCUACACUAAAAGCCAUUACGGAUCGCUUUUUGGAGGACCUUCUUCGGGUUCCUCCAUCUAUCUGCAAGUGAAUCAUUCGUUUCAUUGUUAACAUUUUGCCUCUUUUUUGAUACCCAGAAGGAACUGUCAAACGAAUUUACAGAAAGAAAGUGAGCUAAGAAUGUUGCUAAUUCAGGUUGGCCUAGUUUUGGUAGGGGGAAUGAAGAACAAGAGGUGAAAGAGGAAGACGGAAGAUGGGUUCGAAAAUGCAGCCAAACCACAACUCUGUGGCCAAGUGGAAUGAGCAAAUGGGAACAACAAAGAAGGGUUACACGUUUGUUCAAGCUAACAGGGCUUGGCUUCGUAAGUAUCUUCUGCUGUGGAUUAUGGGGAUGGCUUUUAUCAGCAUGUUAAUCUAUAAUGGCAUGGAUGCUGAUAAUAAAGUGAGAAGGAAUGAAGUGUUGGGGAGCAUGUGUGAAGAGAGAUCAAGGAUGUUGCAAGAUCAGUUCAGUGUUAGUGUCAACCAUGUUCAUGCCUUGGCUGUGCUUGUUUCCACCUUUCAUUACUUCAAGACCCCUUCUGCAAUUGACCAGGAGACUUUUGCAGAAUACACAGCCAGAACGGCUUUCGAACGGCCUCUACUCAGUGGGGUGGCGUAUGCACAGAGAGUGGUUCAUUCAGAGAGGGAUAUAUUCGAAAAGCAACAUGGGUGGAUGAUAAAAACAAUGAAAAGAGAACCUUCCCCAAUUCGAGAUGAAUAUGCACCAGUUAUAUUUUCUCAAGAAACAGUCUCUUAUAUUGAAUCACUGGAUAUGAUGUCAGGAGAGGAGGACCGCGAAAAUAUUUUGAGGGCUAGAGCAACAGGAAAAGCUGUCUUAACAAGCCCCUUCAGGCUGCUGGGCUCACAUCAUCUUGGAGUUGUUUUGACGUUUCCCGUUUACAAAUCCAAAUUGCCAUCUAUACCAACUGAAGAAGAACGUAUAGAAGCAACAGCAGGCUACGUUGGUGGAGCUUUUGAUGUUGAGUCACUUGUGGAGAACUUGCUUGGGCAGCUUGCAGGGAAUCAGGCCAUUUUGGUAAACGUGUAUGAUGUUACGAACUCUUCUGACCCCCUCGUCAUGUACGGUCAUCAAUAUCAAGAUGGUGACGAGUUUCUUUUGCAUGGGAGUAGCCUUGAUUUCGGAGAUCCAUUCAGGAAGCAUCUGAUGAUUUGUAGAUAUCAGCAGAAGGCUCCCACAUCCUGGACUGCCCUGACUACUGCAUUCUUAUUCUUCGUUAUCGGGUUAUUAGUUGGAUAUAUUUUAUACGGUGCAGCAACUCACAUCGUGAAGGUUGAAGAUGAUUUUCAUGAGAUGCAGGAACUGAAAGUUCGAGCUGAGGCUGCUGAUGUUGCAAAAUCCCAGUUUCUUGCAACUGUUUCUCAUGAAAUUAGAACACCAAUGAAUGGCAUUCUUGGAAUGCUUGCUCUGCUUCUGGACACGGAUUUAAGUUCAACUCAGAAGGAUUAUGCUCAGACUGCUCAAGCAUGUGGAAAGGCACUGAUAGCAUUAAUAAAUGAGGUUCUUGAUCGGGCAAAAAUUGAAGCUGGAAAAUUAGAACUGGAAGCAGUUCCAUUUGACAUUCGAUCAAUACUUGAUGAUGUCCUGUCUUUAUUUUCCGAGAAGUCCAGACAAAAGGGUCUGGAGCUGGCAGUUUUUGUAUCUGAUAAAGUUCCAGAAAUUGUAAUUGGAGAUCCAGGAAGAUUCAGACAAAUCAUAACAAAUCUUGUGGGUAACUCUGUUAAGUUUACUGAAAGGGGACACAUAUUUGUUAAAGUACAUCUAGCUGAGCACUCAAAAGGCUCCAUCGACACAAAAUAUGUCAAUGGAAUGUCAGACAGUGACUUGUUUAUAUCGGAUGGUCGUGAAUUUCAAACUUUAAGCGGACGUGAGGCAGCUGAUAAUCAGAACAAUUUGGAUAACUUUAAACAUCAAAUUGCUGAUGAGAACUCUCAGUCGAAUGCUUCUCCAAACAACCCAACAGUAACUAAUGAGUAUUGUGGUCAUGUCACAUUGAUGGUAAGUGUGGAGGAUACUGGAAUUGGGAUCCUUUUACAUGCCCAAAAUCGAGUUUUCAUGCCCUUCAUGCAAGCAGAUAGCUCGACCUCCCGAAAUUACGGAGGAACUGGUAUCGGCUUGAGUAUCAGCAAAUGUUUAGUUGAACUAAUGGGUGGUCAGAUCAACUUCGUAAGUCAGCCUCAGAUUGGUAGCACGUUUUCGUUCACUGCUGUUUUAGGAAAGUGCAAGAAAAAUUCAAUGAAUGACAUGAAAAAACCCAGCUCUGAAGAGCUUCCUCCCAGUUUUAGGGGAAUGAAAGCAAUAAUAGUUGACAGGAAACCAGUUAGAGCUUCUGUAACCAGAUAUCAUUUGAAGAGACUUGGUAUCAUAGUUGAAGUCACCAGUAGCAUCAACAUGGCAGCUUCUUUAUGCGAAGAAAAUGGCUCCAUAGCACCAGGAAGCACACUCCUUCCAGAUAUUAUCUUAGUUGAAAAAGACACAUUGAAGUCUGAUGAGGAAUGUGGUAUCAUUCAUCAACUGAACUGGAAACUGAAUGCGAGUUCGUUUAAGUUACCGAAACUGAUACUUCUUGCUACAAACAUCACCACUGCAGAACUAGACAAGGCAAGGGCAGCAGGUUUUGCAGACACUGUGAUCAUGAAGCCAUUGAGGGCGAGUAUGGUUGCUGCCUGUCUUCAACAAGUACUUGAUGUUAAGAACCAGAGGCGAGGAAGGGGCCUACCAAAUGAUUCUGUUUUCCUUCAGAGCCUUCUCUGUGGCAAGAGAAUCUUAAUUGUUGAUGACAAUAAAGUAAACCGAAGGGUCGCUGCAGGCGCUCUGAAGAAAGUAGGUGCAGAUGUUGAGUGUGCAGAAAGCGGGAAAGCUGCACUGAAGUUGCUUGAGCUACCGCACAAUUUUGAUGCUUGCUUCAUGGAUAUUCAAAUGCCUGAAAUGGAUGGGUUUGAGGCAACUCGUCUCAUCAGGAUGAUGGAGAGCAAGGCAAACGAAGGAUCAUCUACAAGCAAAAGCGAGUGGCAUGUACCAAUAUUAGCAAUGACUGCAGAUGUGAUUCAUGCUACCUACGACGAGUGCCUGAAAUACGGAAUGGAUGGCUACGUCUCGAAACCCUUUGAGGAAGAAAAUCUAUACAAGGAAGUUGCCAAGAUUUUCCAAAAAUCAUAG